AUGCCAAAAUAUGUUUUCACCUUCCUUCGUCUUUUUCUGCUCUUACUUGGUUUCUCCAUUAUUUGUCUGGGACUCCUUUGCGUUUCCACACGUUCCUCCACAUGUAUAUGUGGAAAUAAUGAGGUGGUGGUUUAUUGCCUGUUAUCUGUGGGGCUCUUUCUCCUUGUGACUGGCACCUUCUGGAGCACUUUCCAUGAAGUCUUGAAAUACAGAGGCCUCAGCAGCAUCUUGAUUCGAAAUCCCAGCCAUAGAGAGCUACGUAUCAGCACCAUAGACAGGCCUGACUUCUAUCCCCCCUGCUACGAAGACUGCACAGAUCCUGAAAAACAGACCUUCCCACUGCCAGUUGCCUCCAUGCUAAAGCAGCAAGAAGUCAUCAAUAUCCCCCCGCCUCCAUAUAGUGGAGAGUUCAUCAGCGACACUGACGAGCAGGAGCAGCCACCACCCUAUGAAUUUUCUGUGUGGCAGCUACGGCAGCAGCAAACAGCUGACCAGGACUCAAACACCGGAGGGGAGUCAGAUUCUCAUCCAUCCAUGCAAGAAAACAGCUACCAACAGGAUACAGGCUGCCAAGCGACCUCAGAAAGAGCAAUGCACAUCAGAACAUCUGAGACAGGCAGUGAGUAA